AUGUCGUGCUUAUUAGGAGUCGUUGCGGGCCUUGCGUUUCUUCAAACCCUGGCAGGGGCUAGUCAUCUCGUUAAUCAAGAUUAUGUCGACAAACAGCAACUUCGGUUCUCUCAACGCGAUGUGGAGAAUUUCACCCAGCUGUUGGUGGAUUCCGAUCGAGGGCAGCUUAUAGUCGGAGCUAGAGACCACAUCUUCCGAUUGGAUCUCGAAACUCUUGCUCUGAGAGACUUCACCGAAUGGUCUCCGUCCGAGGCCGAUAUCACGUCAUGCCUUCGGAAAGGUCAAGCCGCUGAAGACUGCCGGAACUACAUCACGGUGCUGCACGAGAACAACGGCACCAUUUACAUCUGCGGUACGAAUGCGUUCGCUCCUGUCUGCCGAAAAUAUUCAAGCGACAACAUUAAUGAAAUUCUGGACGAAGAAAACGGGAGGCUCAAGUCCCCGUUCUCGCCUCGAAUGAACGUGACGUCGCUCAUGACGUCGCAGGGUGAGCUCUUCGUGGGUUCGCGAAUCGAUUUCGGUGGAGCCGAUCCGGCUUUCAUCCGGAGCGGCGUUCGGAGCCACAGCGUUCUGAGGACACCGCAAUACAACCCAGAGUACUUGAGCAACCCGCAAUUCGUAAAUUCGUUCGAGGUCGGCGAUUUCGUCUAUUUCUUCUUCCGCGAGAACGCAAUCGAAUACAGCAGCUGCGGCAAGAACAUAUUCUCUCGUAUCGGUCGUGUGUGCAAGAACGAUCAGGGCAGUCCGUACAAUUCAAAAAGCUGGACCACGUUCCUCAAAGGAAGACUGAAUUGCUCUUUGCCCGGCGCGAUUCCUUUCUACUUCAACGAGAUGCAGAGCGUUGACUACAUCAAGCGCCAAGAAAUGUUCUACAUCACUUUCACCACCGGAGAGAAUAGCAUCUACGGUUCGGCCGUGUGCUCCUACUCGCUCGACGAGAUCAAUCGGGCAUUCAACGGUCCGCUGACCGGGAAACUGCACAACUUCGCGAAAGGAAAAAUCUCGACGGACCGAUUCCAGUGCCGAAAGUCACACGACAUGAUGACGCAUGAGGAGGAUCUAGACGUUAAGAUGUACCAGCAGACCUUUGAAGCUGUCCAGUCACACUCGAAGCCCUUAUACAAUUCGGAGCUGGAACGUCUGACUCACAUACAAGUGGACACUGUGCUCAUGGAUCAGACGCAAAGCGUCGAAGUGAUGUUCGUGGCGUCGCUUGAGGGUGUCCUCAAGAAGAUCGUUCAUCGACCUAACACCAAUACGCGUUGCGUCGUCGAUGAAGUGAAACCGUUCCGUGACGGCGAGGUCCUGACCAAACUCACGUUGAUUAAAGAGAAACAAGUGCUGAUCGCGCUCACGACGAUGGGCGUCGUACAGCUUCCUCUGAGCUACUGCGAACAAUACCGGACCAAGAAGACGUGUCUCAGCGCUGGUGACCCUUACUGUGGUUGGAACCUCGCGCAAGGCAAGUGCACAAGCGCGCCGGGCGGGAACGUUCUCGAGCCGCAGUGGGAACAAGGUGCUCCGUGUGUAGUGGAUGAGUCGAUCGUCGACGGUGGAUGGGGCCGUUGGUCCGAGUGGAACCUGUGUGGACUUUACGAAGGCCUCGAAGGCGACGGCUGCAUGUGUCGACAGAGACGUUGCGACUCCCCGGUCCCGCAGAACGGGGGAAGUGCUUGCUACGGUGCUGACGUUCAAGUUGCCAACUGCACCAAACACGGCGGCUGGACAGACUGGAGCGAAUGGUCCGCGUGUAGCUCACCUUGUGGACCGGGAUACCAGCAUCGAUCACGCUCGUGCACCAACCCCAGACCGGCUUUCGGGGGUCAGACCUGUAUCGGAAACGAGCGCGAGGAACGAGGUUGUCCCAACACCCCGAGCUGUCUCCCGACGGCUCCCGUCGUCAACACCAAGACCAUCUGGGGCCAUUGGGGCGAAUGGUCGCUGUGCAGCGCACCGUGCGGCGGAGGCUUCCAAGUCCGUCAACGCGAAUGCACCCUGCUCGACAAGAAGGACUGCGAGCUCGGCUGCUCGAAGGAAUACCGCGAGUGUAACACUUGGGAAUGUCCCGAAGUCAAGGGCCGAUCCGAGUGGACCAAGUGGCUGAUCGUCAAUCAAACCAACGACGGCUACUACGAGCAGAGAUACCGUUACCAGUGCGUGGCCAGAGUGCCCCACGUCAAAAUGGAUCUCAUAACCAAAGUGGACGAGCGUUUCUGUCGUGACAAAAGUGACUGUCACGACUCGGCAUCGAACGUGAUCCAGCAGAACGCCACAUGGUCACCGUGGUCGGAGUGGGGUCCGUGCAGCGCCACCUGUGGGGGUGGCUUCCGUCGACGACAACGGAUGUGCGAAAGCUCACGGCCCGAGAUCGACUGCCACGGCUUGUCGAUAGAGGAGAGCCAAUGCAACACUCAGAUGUGCCCCGCCGAAGGCUGGUCGGAAUGGACUCAAUGGUCGGAUUGCGAUUCGAACGGUGAACAGCAUCGCAAGCGACACUGCAUCGCCAAAGACGAUUAUCAGCGACGCUGUCUGGCCGGCGUGCACACGAAAGAAUCUCGCAUCUGCUUGCACCUCGGAGCCAAGCUCGCCGGCACCGGCCUGCAGUGCGCCGGCGCGGGAGGACUCGCCGUAACGAUGGCUGUUGUGAUCUCGUACAUUUUCGGCCUCGCCACGAUGAUAUUCGUCGUCCGUCUGUACAACAAGAGAAACCGGGCGAACGCAAUGUUGAGCGCGUCUUCUAUCUCAACCAGUCUCCAGACGAUUCCCAUUCCGAAGAGACUCGGAUCGUUGCCUCUGGUUCCGGUGGAGAGCAACACCUACGUGCCGACGUCUCAGUUCAAAGGACAGUUCAACACAUUGCAGUCGACGCCGGUGAAAGCUGCCACGAUAAAACGGAGCAAUACGUUCCGCGCACAGUUAGGCGACGAUCAGAAUUUCUGA